CGAUGAUCGCAGAGGUUAGCUAGACGGGAUCCAUGGGAGAUUACUCGCAUGUGCUGUCUCGGCUCCCAGCCACACGCCGUACGUGCUCCAGCGAGGCCGCACGACGCGACGUGCCGGCCGGCCGCCGAGGCACGGCCGCACAGCAGGCGGACAGCACGUAUAUAUAUAACAGCCAUGGAGACCCUUCGAGCUGCUACCAUCAGUCUACCAGCGUUCAGGGCUAGUCGGCUAGCACAUUGCUUGCAUCUCUUGCUUCUCAGGCAACAAAGCCAAGGAAGAAACAUGCGAGGCCCUAGCGCUGCUAGCGCCGCGGACAAAGGCACCGUGGCCACCUUCAAGCGAGACCUGCUCAGGAACCUGCUGGUGGGCCUCCGGGCGCGCGCGGAGGCGUGCUCCUUCGACGCCAUGAGCCUCCAGGAGCGGAAGCGCGCCGUCAAGUGCUCCGCCGACGAGGCCAUGGCUGCAGCGCGCGAAGCAGCGCCCGGCGGCGCCCGCGCGAGGUGGACCAAGGCCGUCCUAGCGGCGGCGGCCGCCUCUUCCAGUUCCAGCCCCGGUGCCACAUGCAAGGCGAGGAGGAGCAGGUGCAAGAGGGUGGUCAGGAGGUGCGUCGGCGCGAAGAGGAUGGGGAGAGGCUGCUACGCUGCUGCAAAGAAUGCGGCGGCGGCGAGCACCGACGUCGCGAGGAGGCUGGUGAGGAGGCGGACCAUGGCGCUCAGGAAGGUGAUUCCCGGAGGGGACGCCGCCAGGGACGAGGCCGCGCUGAUCCGCGAGGCCAUGGAUUACGUCGUCCACCUGCGCGCCCAGGUCGACGUGCUCCGCCGCGUCUCGGCGGCCGUGCAGCGAUCCACCAUCCUCCGGGAUCCUGCUCAAAGUACGGGAGAAUCGUAGUGACUAUUCUUGCUUCAGAAGAUCGACAAGGGAUGUGUAUCGAUUGGAAGGAAGAUCAUGGCGUCACGGGUGAUCUGACGGUGAUGAGAAUGCAGAUCUCUGAGCUCGUGCUAGUGGUCAGGAAUUGAUCAGGAGCUUGUCUUUGCUCCAUUAUUGGGAGAUGAGUGUGGGGAGCUUGUAAGGUAGCUAGACAGCUACUGUUGUACGUGGAGGAAAGGGACGUGCUAUUGUAGACCAACAGAGAAAUGGGCGCCAAUUUAGUCUCACUUGUGGCCACUCAUUGCCCUGAAAAAAAUUGAAAGAAAAAAUGCAGAGAGGAAAACACCUAAAAGAUGAUUGACCAGUGGCUAAUCUUUUGCCUGAAUCCUCCAUGCAUGUGUGGUUUACGCUGAAGUUCAGUUGUUUUCAGCAAUGUCGAUUUUAGCUUUUGCAGAGUUUGGACAAGUUUUUCAGCGAUGUUUGUUUUACAUGUAGAAUGAUGCCGUUCUGUAAUGUUGAUGAAA